UUUGAGUGAGGCGAGAGAGAGGAGAGUUGGAGAAUAGAGAAUGGAGGAGUCAUGCGCUUUGUGUGAGAAGAGGGCGAUGAUGCUGUGCGACUCGGACCAGGCUAAGCUAUGCUGGGAGUGCGACGAGAAAGUGCACAGCGCCAAUUUCCUUGUGGCCAAGCACUCGCGCGUCCUUCUCUGCCGCUUCUGCCACUCGCCCACGCCGUGGAAGGCUUCGGGGACCAAACUCACGCCAACGGUGUCGUUUUGCCACCGCUGCCUCGCCAAUCGCCGUCAACCACACCGCCCUCACUGCGUCCAGGAUGUGGAUGUGGAUGUGUAUGAUGAUGAUGAUGAUGAUGAUGAUGAUGAUGAUGAUGAUGAUGAUGAUGAUGAUGAUGAUGAUAGUGAGGGAGAAGAUGAGGAAGAGGAGGAGAAGGAGAAGGAGGAAGGGGAUAAUCAAGUGGUUCCCAUGUCCUCUGGUUCCGCCACGUCACCGCCUUCUGCUGCGGCUUUAGCAUUCAAGCGAUUCAGAAACCACUCUUUCUCCCUCGAUUCUCAUGAUGAGGCAGCGUGUUCUUCGUCUGAGAUGCUUAGUGCAGCAUUGCCCAGUGAUGAAUCGACCUCGGUGAGCGUAUUGAAGAGGUAUCGAGUUGAUGAUUGAAGCGGUGGUGAAGGUUUGUUGUGCUGGUCAAAUCCGAAAUCUGGACCCUUUGUUUAUCAUCAUUUAAUUACACAUUAUGGAAACUGCUAACUCGCAUCUUUUUUUUAUUCUGGAAAUUACGUAGUUCAUAGGUCAACUUCAAUUUAAGCUAGAUUAAGUUUCGUUUUCCCAUUCAAUUUUGUAGUUAAUCCCGUUCCUAAUAACUCUAGUUCACAUUUCAUCAUGUAUGUGGACCUGUAUAUAUUUCUUUAUCUUACUUUCAUCUCUUAUUUU